GAUAUUCUACAGGAAAAACAGUCAAACACAAGAAAAUUUGCUUCAUGAAACUACAAACAAAAUACUAAAUAGUGGAGGAAAAGGAGAUUUGAUGUUAAGCUUGCAGAAGUGGUGGGGAGAGACACCAUUGUGAUUGGAGGGGAGAAAAAAAAUUCUAACUUUGUUACAAAGGGAUACUGAAAAUUUUGUGAUACUUCUGCAGAAGAUGAUCUUAAAUUAUGUGUUCUUAGGGAACUUCAUUGCUUGGAACUGCAGAAUCAUUUUGAAAUUGUUUCUAUAUUUGCACGCUGGGAUGUUUCCUUCAACUAUCAACGAUUAUUGUUAUUGUAGGAGGGAAGCAGGGGGCUGAUGAAGAGUUUAGAGAAGUUCAAGCCCAAUGCUGGCUGCAGGUUUCCGACUUAUUCUUAUUGGUGGAUAAGACAAUCAAUUAGGAAGGCCAUAUUUCAGAAUUCACGAAUCAUUCGUCUUCCGGAUAACAUUUAUGCAUUUCUAAAGGAGAUAAAGUAUGCGAGGAGACUGUGCAUUCAAGAAGGCCGGCUCCCAACAAAUGAAGAGAUCGCAAAGCGGGUUGGCAUCACAGUUAAGAAAUUGGAAAAACUGCUCCUAUACUUUAGAGAUCCAGUAUCAAUUCAGGAACAUGCUUGGCAGAAUGUCACUUUUCAAGAGAUCACAGCAGACCCUGGGGUUGAGAUUCCUGAUCUUAUCGUCGCGAAGCAGCUGAUGAGACAGCAUGUUCGCGACAUUCUAAAGACCUUGAAGCCGAAGGAGAGGAAGAUAAUUCAGUACCGGUUUGGAAUGCAUGAGAACAAGAAGAAGACUCUAAGCGAGAUUGGCGAUAUAUAUGGCCUGUCGAAUGAAAGGAUACGACAGCUCGAGAGCCGAGCUCUGAACAAGCUGAAAGAGUGGUGCCUUACAACUCAAGGUCUAAAGGCGUACCGAGACUUGCUCGUCUGAUCCUACCCAUCUUCAACUUCCAUACCCAGUCAUCAAAUUUACCUCCUUUACUGUAUUUUGUCUGUCAUCUGCUCCGAUCCAUCACAUGUCUAUAAUCUACUGUACAUAAUGAGGAAGUCAUGAAUGGCUUUUAAGCUCA